AUGAGCUCUUUACUCUCGACGGUGAAUUCCGAUAACGGCCGUCACGGGAACGGCGACACGAGCGGCGGAGAUGGUCGAGAUCUGAUCUUACACUUCUUAGACAAGGUCCGUUUCUCUGCUACGCGUGAUGCGAAGGAAGACGAAGGAGAGGAAUCGCCGACGGAGCUUAACACGAUCAAUAGCGCAGGCGGAUUUCUUGUCGUCUCUCCCGAUAAACUUUCCGUCAAGUACACGAGUACGAAUCUACACGGUCACGACGUUGGCGUUGUUCAGGCUAAUAAACCUGCUCCUUUCAAGUGUCUCACUUACUACUUUGAGAUUUUUGUCAAAGAUUCUGGUGCUAAAGGGCAAGUCGCCAUUGGUUUCACUAAGGAGAACUUCAAAAUGCGGAGACAGCCCGGAUGGGAAGUGAAUAGCUGUGGCUAUCAUGGGGAUGAUGGAUAUCUAUACCGUGGACAGGGAAAAGGUGAAGCCUUUGGUCCAACUUAUACAAAAGAUGAUACAGUUGGCGGUGGUAUAAACUACGCUACACAGGAGUUCUUUUUCACUAAAAACGGAGCUCUGGUGGGGAAAGUCCCUAAGGACAUAAGGGGUCAUCUAUUCCCUACAGUAGCUGUACAUAGCCAGAAUGAGGAGGUUUCUGUAAAUUUUGGGCAGAAGAAGUAUGUUUUCGAUAUUGAGGGAUAUGAAGCAUCAGAGAGAAAUAAGCAACAAAUGGCUAUCGAAAAAAUAUCCAUACCUCCAAACAUAGGUUAUGGGCUUAUAAAGACAUACUUGCUACACUAUGGGUAUGAGGAGACACUUAAUGCUUUCAACCUUGCUACUAAAACUACAGUACCUCCAAUCUGUAUAGCUCAAGAGAAUGCUAUUGAUGAGGAUGAUUCAUCAUAUGCUUUGAAUCAGAGAAAAACUCUUAGACAGCUUGUCAGGAAUGGUGAGAUUGAUGCUGCUCUGACUGGACUCCGGGACUGGUAUCCCCAACUUGUACAGGACGAUAAAUCAGUAGUUUGUUUCCUCCUUCACUGUCAAAAGUUUAUUGAAUUAGUACGGGUCGGAAAACUUGAAGAAGGUGUGAAGUAUGGCAGACUGGAGCUAGCUAAAUUUGUUGGGUUAGCCAGGUUUCAAGAUAUAGUGGAGGAGUGCUUUGCUUUGCUCGUGUAUGAAAAGCCUGAGGAAUCAUCGGUCGGGUACUUCCUUGAAGACUCGCAGAGGGAACUAGUGGCUGAUGCAGUGAAUGCAGCAAUUCUAUCAACAAAUCCAAAUAAAAAAAAUGAGCAGAGAAGCUGUAACUUGCAUUCCCCUUUGGAGAAACUGCUCAGACAGCUAACCGUGUGCUGUUUGGAAAGGCGUUCGUUGAAUGGAGACCAAGGCGAAACAUUCCGGCUUCACCAUGUUCUUAACAACAACAGAACAAGAAGAUGA